ACGUUAUAUGUGUGUGUAAUGUCUCCAUUUGUGUGUGUAUAGAACACACACAAUCAUGACGGCGAAGAAGCACUCUGCUGCGGCGUCGCUUCAGCAGCAGCCUCUCCUCGCCGACGACCUCUUAGCUCCGCAGCCGCAAUCGACGCAAUACGUCGUCGUUCUCCCCCAAUAUCCUCCGCCUAACCGCCCCCGCCUCCUCCGCAACGCAUGCCGGCGGUGCAUCUUCUGCCUCGCAAUCUUCCUCCUCUUCCUCGUCGCCGCCGCCUACCUCCUCUGGCCGUCCGACCCCGGGCUCUCCGUCGUCCGGUUCCGCCUCGAUCGCCUCAAGUUCCACACCAGCCCCGCAGUGUCGCUCGAUGCGACCCUAGACCUGACGGUUAAGAUUCAGAAUCGGGAUAUGUACUCGUUGGAUUACGAUUCGCUGGUCGUUGCGAUCGGGUACAGGGGGAAGCAGCUCGGAUACGUGACGUCGGAUCGCGGAUCCGUGAAGGCGCGUGAGACCACGUACGUGAACGCCACGCUCCGGCUCGAUGGCGUGGAGAUUCUGACGGACGUGGUUUUGUUGCUUGAGGAUUUGGCGAGAGGCGCGGUUGUCUUUGAUACGACGUCGGAUAUCAGCGGUCGCCUCGGAGUUUUCUUCUUUGACCUGCCUCUCGAGGCAAAAAUACAAUGUGAAGUUCUUGUAAAUACACGGAACCAAACAGUUGCUCGUCAAAGUUGCUACCCUGAGGUGGCGGAAGUGAGAUAGUUUACGGAAUCUGGGAACAGAUAGAAUCCACCACAGGUCUUUGUGCAGUUAUAUAUAUACCCUGAUGAAAAUAUAUGUUUACACUCAUUAUUCAUACUUGUAUUGUAUCAUUCAUAUUUGUAUCAUGAAAUGAACCAUAAACAGAUGCAUCCAGUAAUCUCCAUUCUGCUCAUUAGCUUGGAGUGAAAGUUACCAUUUCUUUGCUUUAA